AUGUUUCAAAAAUAUGACCAAUAUGAAAUGCGACACAUGCUAUUUCACAGUAUCUUUUUCUCCCCAGGAAGUGAAAGUGUGAAGACAAUCAAUAAGGUCUCAGUGAAGGCAGGAGCUUCAGUCUCUAUUCUUUGUUCUUAUGACAGAAAAUACAAAAAUCAUGUGAAAUAUCUAUGUAAAGGAUAUGUUUGGAGUAGCUGCACAUAUGAAAUUAGAACAGACUCACGACGGGAAGCAGGAAAGUAUUCAAUCUCUGAGGACAAAAGUCAAAGAAUUUUCACUGUUACCAUAAAACAGUUAACAGCUGACGACACUUAUUACUGGUGUGCUGUGGAGAACAAUAAUGAAGCUGAUAUCGGGCAGCGCUUUCUGCUGUCAGUCACCACAGGUACACCCAUCCUCUCAGUGGCAGAUCAGAAUGUGAUUGGAUAUAUUGGAGACAAAAUAACCAUACACUGUAGCUACAGAAACUCUGGAGGAGUAGGGUGGUGUAAGCUGGGCAGCACAUGUGUGACUGUGUCUGGAAAUAUAGAUGGAACAGCAGCAACCGUCAACACAGCCGUCAGCAAUGUAAUCAGUGUAACUAUGAGUGGACUGAAGCCAGAGAGCAGUGGUUGGUAUUACUGUGUCAAAGGAGAUUUUCAGAUGCCAGUUCACCUGACUGUGACUGUCAAACCCUCUGUUAUAGGUUUACAAGCAACAACAGAAACGAUUGAGGUCACAGGAACCCCUGCUGCUACAAGACCCACUGAUCCAGGACUUGGAGAAAUCCCAAAUCAGCGAUACGUUGACCCAAAAGUCCACAUCAUCACUUUGGGUAUGCUGAGCUUGGUUGUUCUGGUGGCCUUGCUCAUGUGGUUUAUACAAAGAUGCAAGAACAUCAAAGAGGAUUCAACUGACCCCAGAUCAAAUGAAUGGGAAAUAGUUUACACUGCUGUUAGUUUCAAAACAAAAAGCACACCACAGAAUGAAGCAAACGAGGAAGAUGUCACAUUCAGCACAGUAGUUUACCAUAACCAAAAUAUUUAGCAUGUUCUGCUUUGUUCUCUUUACUUCUUGUUAUAUGAAGAAUUUGUGAACUUUUAUCUUUGUGCAUGGGGAGAUUUUCUGAAUGUAAAUUAAUUUUUUACUCGUGUAUCUUUUGUCAAUGUUUCUGUCAUCAAACAUGCUGCCAUAGACUUGCCUGAAACCUAGAUAAUCACAGGGAAAUUAUGUAAAAUAUGUGCAUGAUGUUUUUGUUGUUGCUGCGUUUCUAUUCAAAUAUAACUUUGUUGUACUGUUUGUACAAAGUUCAAUGAAUUACAUAAAUUGUGAUGGUGGAAUUAUUUAGAAUUAAUUUGGAAUCAAAUUAUUAGGCUUUACAAAGCCUAAUAAGUAAACCUAAUGGGAAAAGUUUAAACAUUCAGUAGAAAUAUUUUUCAGGAGUUGUUGUUGUUUUAGAUUUUUUUUUCUCUUUACAGUUGGAAGCAUGUUUAAUGCCUCAUCAUUUUUUUGGACUUAUGAACAGAAGAACAUACAAUUCCUUGGGUUGUGUUAAUUUAAUCUUUGCAAAAAAAAAAUAAAAAGACUGAUUAAUGCAUAACUGUAUCAUGUUCUUCUGAAGACUUAAAAUGACUGUUUUGGAGCUGUGGAACUUGGUGCAGGGAUAAUUGGAAGCACCACAGACUUUAUUUUCCAGUUCUCAGUUUUUUCUUUAUUAUUAUUUAUCAUCAUAUAUUACAAUGCAAGGUAUCAUGGCAACACCUCAGUUAGAAAGAUAAACGUUAUGUUGCAUAGCAUCCCACCACUCUUGGGUAAUUUUGUUAGGUCAGCCCCUGGAAAUGUCUUUCACUGUUCUGUGUUUUAUUCGUUGGUGGAUCAUGAUUCUCAAUGUGGUUUGCUGGAGUCCCAAAGCUGCAGAAAUAGUUUUGUAACCCUUUCCAGACUGAUAAAAAUCAAUGGCUUUGUUUCCUGUUUUCAAAUUUAUUUAGAUCAGCAAAAUGUUGCUCAGUGUUGCUCGUUUAGCUUGUCCUCAAACAGUUGCUCGUUAUUGUGUUAUUUCAGAAGUCUGGUAGAAAUAAGAUCAGGGUGUUCUUAGUGAAAUUUAAUUCAUCUUUAUGAAAAAUGUGUUUGAUCACAGUUAUUAAUUAUGCCACACGGGGGAAUGAUUUUUUUCACAAAGCACCACGUUGGAUUGGUUAGCUUUUUUUCUUUCAAUAACUUACUUGAAAUUUGAAAACUGUAUUUUGCCUUUACCCUGACUAUAUUUGUCUGAUAUUUAAAUGUGUUUCAUUACAAACAUGAGACAAAAAAAAAUAAGCAGAAGAAAUCCAAAUACUUUCAACAGCACCAGAUGACCCAGAAAUUGUAUAAAAUGUAUACUUUCUACUGUCUGUUAUGUCUCUAUCUUGUGUGUCUUUGUGUGUUGUAUUGAGGAAAAUAUGGCAAUAAAACCAACAGACCUGU